ACCUCUCUCACUCUCACACAAGCCCGUUGCUCGAGCUCAAGUAGCCUCCAUCGUCUUCCCUUUUCAUGUCCAGCCUCCUGCACUGACCAUUGACCAUUGACUCGCAGCCGCAACAAUGGGCCUUUCGCUGCGAUAUUGAUAUAAGCCGCCUGCUGGUCGUUCGUUCGUUCCCUUGGCGGUCCUGCUCCCGCAUUUCUUUUUGUUCCCUCCGCAUCACCUGCAGCCUUCAGGGCGUCAGGGCGCUCAUUGCCAGCCUACCUAGGUGCCCGUACUCGUACACAAUCUAGAGCCUCUCACAGCAGCAGCGCCAUGCAUCGACACGCCCUCUCCCUCUCCGAGACGGGCGACAUGGCCUCGUCGCGCUCGAGCAGAGCCCCCAGCUUCACCAGCGACAGGCCCUCGGUCGCCAGCUCAGUCACCUUCCAGAUGCCCUCAACGGUGCGACCGCCGCCCGCAUACAUCGCUGCCUCGGUUGCCUCGCAAACCGUCACCGACCACCACAAUGCGCAGCUGCGCCAGCAAGACGCCGACGUGGAAGAGCUCGACAACGCCGUCUUCUCCGAGCCCGCCCUGGCAUUGCUCAAUGCCUUCCUCGACCACCUACUAUUUGCCUUUCUCUCCUCGGCGCGCUCGCCCUCGCUCACCGCCAUCCGCCCUGCCAUAGCCGAUGUCCUCAAGCCACGUCUGGCCCGCGAGGCCAUGGAGGCGGCCGACGAAGAGCUGCAGGGGCUCCUCGCAGGCGACGACGACGAAGACCUCCCGGCGUACCUAGGCAAGAAGUGGGAAGUGGAGAAGAUGUGGAAGCGCACCCGUCUGCGCAUCAUGGUCUACACGCGCCUGGGCGAGCUGGAGGACGAGGACGAGGACAGAUACGUGCAGCAGGAGCGUGGCCUGAGCAUGGACCAAGACGACGACGACGAGGCUGGCCUGGUCUCUUGGGCUGCUGCCAUCUUCCUCACCUCGGUCAUCGAGUACGUGGCUGAGCAGACGCUGCUGCUCUCGGGCUCAGCCGCCUAUGCGCGCAUGGCUGCCAAGGUGAAGAAGCUCGCACUGCAGUCCGACGACGCACCAGACCUGAGCUUCGAGCGCCUCAUCAUAGAGGAGCCCGACGUGGAGAAGAUCGCCCUGAACUCGGCGCUGGGCAGGCUGUGGAGGACAUGGAGGAAGCGCGUACGAACGCCGCUAUCACCCUCAUCGCCUGCCCGAGCAGUGCGGCCCACCUCAAGCUCCUCCAACUUCUACAACCGCAAGGCGAGCUACGAUACCAUAUCAGGGUCCAUCCGAAGCGAUCGAUCCCCAGUUCUGGAGCACUCCCCCUCCGAAACCGACAUUGCAGCCAAUAUCCCUCUCCCGCUGGGCGAUAACGAUGUCAAUGAGAUCGAGGUGCCAGGCCUGGCCCGCACAUAUGAACAGGAUGCAGAGAGUUCUGGUACCCAGACGCCUGUUCCGAGACACGAACGGCCGUCGAGUGUCAUUAUGUUGUCACAGGCUGCCACGUUCCGGAGAAGAGGUAACAAGGAACGGCCCAUAUCCAUGCCUUUGCGGCCCGCACCGACAUUCACCGUGCCCCCACGUUCCUCAACCGAAGAAGCAGAGACCCCCUUUCAGACGUCGAUGGAGCAACCAGAUCAUCAGGAUGACUACUUUGAUGCGGAAGAGCAGGAUGCUGUGCCUGCACGCAAAGAUGUUGCUGAGAGGCGGCUGGAGGACUCACCUGAGCCGGAUGCUGAGAUGGUGGCAUUCGCAGCAUCAACAGGCAUGGGCUUCCGUAUGAGCACAGCGGGUCCUGUUCCGGCCCAUGUGUCCAAUCAGGCAGACAGUGAUGCCGAGAUUCCCAGUGCUGCCGACUACGAAAGUGAGCACAAGGUACUGCAAUCGAAGAGGAUGUCGAUUGAAAAGACUGGUCGUGGGGUUGUGCGAACAUUCUCGACGCGGAGCUCCAGCCUCAAGUCACCACUGCCCACGCCUACAGCGACACCGAAAAUUGCACAGCAUCCUGAAGGAAGUUCAUACCUUGAGCUGUCUGACGAAGAGGCAGACGCACCCCAAGCCAUUGGUGUUGCGCGGACGUCAGAUGUGCCUAUCCGAUCAACACCCACUCCCCCCGGCGAGUCGCCUGUAGACACGGGCAAAGGUGCAGCACAUGGAGGCUUCGUCGAAGUCCACCCACGACAUAGUGCGCCGACUUCAGUUCCGUUUCGCAACACGCCUACACCUGAUGCGAAGCCCAUAGUUCCGGAGCGCUCUGUUGCACGCAAAGACGUGCAUAGCAGAUCGUCUUCUGGCAAUGAGAUUGCCUCUGGUCCCAAUCAGUAUGAGGGCACCCCAAGUCCACCACGAAGACAGGACGCUCCUCCGCAAAAGUCGCGUGGCUCCUCGUUGCCACCAUUACAGGAAGUGGAUAGUAUCACCAAUAAGCCAACGGAAAGGCUAGGUUCCGAAAGCGUGGCACAUCGUAGCAACCCCACAUCCGGAUCCUCUAUGCGCAGUUCACCUUAUCCUGAUCACGACGCCCCUGGACAUGUUGCGGAACGCGGAGCGCAGCGCAGUUCCACUGACGACUCCACGCGCCCUCAGCCGGGGCGCUCUGAUAGAUCCCAUUCGGAUAAGGCGUCCUUAAAGCGGGCCACUUCGUCUGCUUCCUCCACCAAGAUAUCGGGCAGCUUCACCGUGACGCCCAGUGGCCGAAGUUCAGAGGCAAGCCAGCGACCGCGAAAUCUAAGCGGACGCAUGUCGGAAGAGGAUCGGGAGCGCGAGUUUGACACUUUGGUGAAGGGCAAAGACACGGUCAAGUUCACGCUAACACCGCAGAAUAUGCGAAAUCUUGAUCCUAGCCGGCCUAGGACUUCAUCUGUUACCGUCUAUCCUCGCGUCGAUGCCGACAAAGAUGCCUCCUUUGGUACUAAAAACUUACCGAAGAGGACGGCUUCCAGAGGCACAGGUCCCACUACUCCUCAACACAAGCCGUCGCCAAGCAGAAAGGUGGUCAGUAGACAGCUUGCCCGGGAACCACGAAUCGAGUCCGAAUCGAUGCGCGACUUUGCCGACUUCAUUCGAUCUACUGGCCCAUCCCCUGGGCAGGAAAAAUCUGUGCAACCCUUUGUUAACAUCAGCGGAAACGGAUCCAAGGCUUCCAAUGCUUCAACAUCCUCCCUCGGGCGAAAGUUCUCAACCAGACAAAUAAACCUAAACACGCGCAACAAGGAGAGCCCGUCAGCCACACAACGCAACAUGGAACCGCGCAGCCCAGCAGGCCUCACCGCUGGCAAUGAUGACUUGAUAGACUUCAUUCGUCAAGGGCCGCCUAAUGCGAACAGCGGAGAGCCCAGGAUUCCUCGCAAUGUCGCGCCCUUCCGGAGUACAGUCGACUCGGACCAGUUCGAUACUAUGCUCGGUACCCAUGGCAAUGUCGAAUCGGCAUUCGACUCCACAUCUUCCACUCUGGACUCCAAGCAUAGUGCGCAGACAAUCAACUCACGGACUGGCCUACUCCCAACUCCAAAGGUCGUACAGCCAGCUUACUCCAACACCCCACAAAACUUGAGUGGAAGCAUGGCGUCAAACCCAGAACCUGUCAUUACCAAGACCCGCCGGCGUAUCAAGGACCCCUACGCAAUCGACUCGUCAGAGGAUGAAGACGAGGAUGAAGACCAGUUGACUGCACUUCCCUACUCGAGCCAACCGGCGCGACCAAGGCAGGAGAGCUUGAUGGACUUCCUCAACGACAUGGAUCCCCCGUCUACCAGUAAACCCCAGCCCUUCAUGCUCAGCGAAGAAACAAUAGCCGCAGCACGAGCCCGCGCGAACGUCUCAAACUCUUCUCUAGCAUCUUCCAACACCGCUACGCGCAACGGCAACGGCUCUAUGCCCUUUGGUGCCAUGUCCUCAAACUCUGUCGCAUCCGACACUACUCGUGGCUCUAAACCCCGACAGUAUGCCCGUGUACCUUCGGCGGGUGAUGUACGUGGAGGCGCUGGGAAGACAGCUACGAGUGAUCUUGCGGAUUUCUUGAAGAACUCGGGACCGCCAGAGCCGAUGGUGCGUCCAGGGCAGGGAGCGGGACCGAAGAAGGAGGAGGAGAAGAAGAGCAGGAAGUUUUGGAGGACGAAGAAGACGUAUGCAAACACCCCGCACUCCCCCGCCCUCCCGCACCAACUCCCCCAAGCCGUCUUCCUUCCCCACUCCACGCAAGAAACCUCCACCAUCCUAAAAGCAUGCCAUGACCGCCGCGUAGCCGUUUCGUCGUUUUCCGGCGGGACGAGUCUGGGCGGCGCGCUGGCGUGUGUGCGGGGCGGCGUGUGUGUUAGUUUUGAGCAGAUGAAAGAGAUUGUGGAGCUGCAUGAGGAUGAUUUGGAUGUCGUGGUGCAGCCUGGGCUCGGCUGGGUUGAGUUGAAUCGCGCGUUGGAGGGGAGGGGGGUUUGGUUUCCUGUGGAUCCUGCGCCCGGGGCGAGUGUGGGGGGGAUGAUUGCCAUGAGCUGCUCAGGCACCAAUGCCUACCGCUACGGCACAAUGAAAGAAUGGGUUAUUUCCCUUACGUACGUCCUAGCAGAUGGCAGUAUCGUCAAAACCCACCGUCGGCCCCGCAAGUCAUCUGCAGGAUACGAUCUCACGCACCUCAUCAUCGGCUCAGAGGGCACCCUAGGCCUCGUCACCGAAGCAGUCCUGCGCCUCGCCCCGUUACCAAAGAACCUACACGUCGGCCUCGCAACAUUCCCCUCCUUCAAGCACGGCGUCGACAUCGUCGUCGCCCUCCAAAAGAGCGGCCACCAGCUCGAAGCCCUGGAGCUAGCAGACGGGCCGCAAAUGCACUGCAUCAACCACUCCCAACUCGCCCCGCAGUUCUUCCCCGAGGUACCAACGCUGUUCCUGAAAUUCGCCGGCCCAAGCGCGCAGUUGGUACAGGACCAGAUCCGCGUCGUGGAAGCGCUGUGCAAACAGCUCGACGCACUGUCGUUUGAAAUCACCGCGGAAAAAACGCGCAUAGAUGUCCUCUGGGGCGCGCGAAAGUGCAUGGGACACGCCCUCGUUGCUAUGAAAAAGGAUCCCUCGGAUUUAUUCCUCAAUACUGACUGCGCGGUGCCUAUAUCGCAGCUCGCUGCCCUUGUCGAUGGGACGCAGGCAUUGAUCCAGAAAGCAAACGCUGCGGAGAACCGCCGGGAUUGGUUCUGUGCUAAUGUAGGCCAUAUAGGCGAUGGCAAUGUGCAUUCUUCCAUUGUGUGUCCGGCGGCGGAUAGAGUUGCUGCUGAGGCUGUGUUGAGGCAGGUUGCUUCGCUGGCGCUUAGGUUGGACGGCACGGUCACGGGUGAACAUGGUGUGGGGUUGAAGUUGAGGGAGGCGCUGGAGGAGGAGGUAGGAAAGGUGGGUGUUGAUGUUAUGAGGCGGGUGAAGAGGAGUUUGGAUGAGCGGGGAAUUUUGAAUCCGGAUAAGGUUUUUCGGUUAGAUGGUGAUGGGGGGGAUGGGGAGGAGAUGGCUGCUGAGAUGUAGUGAAAUAAACGUUUGUAAUCAGCUUGAGUCUGCAUAUGGGCCGUGUCUGUUGUAUUUGCGUGUAGAUUUACAGGACAUUUGUACGCUAUUUUAUGAAUGCG